CGGCUCCGUGAGGGGAGAGGCAGCGGCGCCGCCAUCUUGGGCCCCCGGGAGCCGCGGCCGCGCUCCUGUCGCGACAAUCGCGACCCCGGCGGCGGGAGCGGCCCCCGACCAUGGCCGCCAACCUGGGCGACCAACGCGAGUGGGCCGCCCCGUUCGCGCUCGGCGCCGCUCCCGGAGCCGCUCCCGGCGCUGCCGGCCCCGCGCGGGAGGAGCCCCCGGCGCCCCCCGAGAACCCCGAGUGGGAGAAGGCGCGGCAGGCGCUGGCCAGCAUCAGCAAAGCGGCGGCGGGCGGCGGCGGCAAGGCCGCGGCGGGGGCGCAGGGCGGAGCGCAGGCACCCCAGUACUACCAGUGGUACCAGCCCUACGGGGGGGGCUACUACCCCUAUGGAUACUACUACCCCAUGGGCGUGUACCCCGGCUAUGGCGCCCCCACGGCCCCCCCGUACCCCGCGGGGGGAGGGGGCUCCUACCCCGCCCCUCCCCCCCAGCAGCAGCAGCCGCCCCCCCCCGCCCCCCCCCAGCAGCAGCAGAGCGGCCUGGGCCAGCAGCCCCCCGUGCCCGGCCUGGACGAGGCUUCGCCCUUCGGGACCCCCCAGCCCCCCCCCCUGCUCAAGGAGCUGCUGCAGGCCCGGCUGCAGGACGGGCCGGCCUUCACCAUCGACUGGAGCCGGGAGCCCCUGCCCGGCCUGGGCCGCGACGGGAGCCCCAAGAAGAAGCGCUGGGAGCUGCCCCUUCCCCCCCCGGCCCCGCCCCCCGCCAGCCCCAGGGGCGGGGCCGGGGGCGGGGCCCGGCCGCGGGGCGGGGCCGGGGGGGGCGGGGCCUUCCCCACCAAGUUCGGGAACCGCAACGUGUUCGUGAAGGGCGAGCACUCGUCAUCCUCAUCCUCGUCCUCCGACAGCUCCCGGAGCUCGUCCCGCUCCCCGGGCAGGCACGGCCGGCGCAGUGGCUCCGAGUCGGACUCGUCGGGCUCGGGGGGGGCCGAGCCCCGGCCCGGGGCCGGGGGCCCCUGCCCGCCGGGCGGGGGCCCCUGGGCCGGGGGCCCGGCGUGCCCCCUGCCCGCGCCGCGCCGCCGCCCGCGCCCGCUGGAGCCCGAGGCGCGGCGGGAGCUGCGGCGCCAGCGCCGGGCCCAGCGCUUCCAGGGGGGCGGGGCCAGUGCCGCGGCCCCGCCCCCCAAGAAGAACCGGCCCAACCCGCCCCCGGCAGGCCCGGCCCCCGGCCCCGCCCCCCCCGCCGAGGGGCUGGACUGGCAGCAGGUGAAGAUCCUGGGCACCUGCCAGGAGGUGACCAAGCGCUACCUGAGGCUCACCUGCGCGCCCGACCCGGCCACCGUGCGGCCCGUGCCCGUGCUGCGGCAGGCGCUGGCCCUGGUGCGCUCGCACUGGCAGCAGCACCGCGACUACGCCUGGGCCUGCGAGCAGCUCAAAUCCCUGCGGCAGGACCUGACGGUGCAGGGCGUGCGCACGGAGUUCACGGUGGAGGUUUACGAGACGCACGCCAGGAUCGCCCUGGAGAAGGGGGACCACGAGGAGUUCAACCAGUGCCAGACGCAGCUGAAGGCGCUGUACGGGGAGAGCCUGCCCGGCUGCGUGGGCGAGUUCACGGCGUACCGCAUCCUCUACUGCAUCUUCACCAACAACUCCGGAGAGCUGACCACGGAGCUGGCCCUGCUGCCCCCGUCCCUGCGCUCUGACCCCGCUGUCUCCCACGCCCUGGCCCUGCGCGCCGCCUGGGCCCUGGGGCUCUACAGCCGCUUCUUCCGCCUGCACAGCUCGGCCCCGGCCAUGGGCCCGCGCCUCAUCGACCUGUUCGCCGAACGCGAGCGGCGCCGCGCCCUGCGCGCCUGCAUCAAGGCCUACCGCCCGGCGCUGCCGACGGCCCAGCUGGGGCCACUUAUGGGGCUGGAGCCCCCCGAGCGCCGCCGCUUCCUGGGGGGGCUGCCCCUCACCUUCACCGGGCCCGACCGCGGCGCCAUCGACUGCCGGCAGAGCCUCAGCGCCCUGCCCCACAUCUGAGUGACCCACAGGGAGCCACCGUGGGGCAGGGCCUGGCCGCACUGCCCCACAUCUCAGUGACCCACAGGGAGCCACCGUGGGGCAGGGCCUGGCCGCACUGCCCCACAUCUCAGUGACCCACCUCUGCCCCACAGCUGCCCCAUAAGUCACCCACAGUGGGGCUGCCCCACAUCUGAGCCACAGCUCUGCCCCACAUCUGAGCCGUGGCUGCCCCACGGCAGGGCCGGCCCAUGGCUGGCCCACACUGGGGCUGGCCCACAGCUCUGACCCACAGCUGACCCACGGCGGGGCUGCCCCAUCACUGCCCCAUAACCUUCUCUCCCCCCUCAGCAGCCACCAAGGGCGUUUGGGGCGGUGGGGCCCGGACCUGCCCCAUAAGCGCCCUCAGAGCCACCGUGGGGAGGGGAUUUGGGCUGGGGAGGGGGCGACUUGUGGGGCUGACAGCGACGGCUGCCCCAUAGCAGCCCCCAGCCGUGCCCAGGGGGGCGUUUGGGGUGGGAUCUGUGGGGCUCAGCUCGACAUCUGUGGGGCACAGCAGCUGCUUGUGGGGCAGAGCUCAGGAUUUGGGGGGAAAGCUCAAGAUCUGGGGGGCAGAGCUCCAGA